AUGCAAGGUGGCGACUUGAGGGCAGGUGGAAUUAGGCCCACGAACCUGUUAGGACAGUGGGACGAGGACUCCACAGGAGUGACGGGGGAUGAAGACUCCACAGGAGGCGAUGUGAUGGCCACAAAUGUUUCAUACAAGGGGGAUGGGGGCUUGAGGGCAGGCGACACAAUAGACGUAAAUGUGUUAAGAAUAAGGGGCGGAGACUCCACAGCAGGCAACACAAUUCACGCAUCUGAGGCAGAUAGCGUAUCAACGCGCACAUUUGCAUUAGGCAGGGACACAAAAGAUGGGCACAUGCUAGUGCAAGAUGCAACUAUCAAGGAGCGGAGUCUCCAAGUUAGCUCCCUCCGCCCCUGCCUCUGCGUGAGGGGGGAGUGA